AUGAGCGACAUCAACGAGCUCCCCAACUUGCUGAUGCCUGUGUCUGCCAGGAGGAAGCGUUCGGCCUCGCCGCACCCUGGGACCGUAGGGCGGCCGAUGAAACGCACAGCGGAACUGAGACCUACGCCCAGAGAACGUGCGCACAGGGUUCAACUCGUCCACGGGCAUGCCGAAUUGCACAUGGUCGCCGAACGACGCAGGGCCGGGUUGUCUGCACUUGAGUCAAUGCCUCCUGAGAUCAUCCAAGACAUCUUUUUCAAGUGCAUGGAAGUCAACAUGCCACGAGCCUCCCGUUACUUGGGCGCUGUGUUGGCACAUGAACGCAUCUUUCGAUCCACCAUCCUCAUGGCAUAUUUCGACGACGACCUGGAAAGUCCCAUCGUAUAUGAACACUUCAAGCCAGCGGUGUACUUUCCCCUCAGCCUGGAGCACAAGAUCCGUCUCCAGCGGCAGAUUUUGGCGUGUAAAUGGUUCUCGCUCAAGCUUCUAUGGAAAUCCCUCCCCGAGCUCGUCCACCUGAAUGUUGUCCAGGCCCGAGCACGCGAGCUCAGAGACCAGAAGGCGUUGGGCCUUUCGGAUGACGCAAUUGCGCACCCGUACUAUCAGAACACAAGACAGUCUCUCUUGGGAACCGUCCCAGCUGAGGACGACGAAGAGGCGUUGAUGGCACACUAUCGAGCCCCAGUCAACUUUCUCCAUAUGCCAGAGGAGGGGUGUUCUCACUGUGAACAACACCACCACCAUUAUCACUACCCGGUACAAGAGGAAAAAGACGAGGAGGAAGAAGAGGAAGAGGAAGAAGGGGAAGAAGGGCCUGAACUGGAAGUUCAGCCCGAGCCCAAUGAUGCUGACUCGGAAUCUGCCUCCGAUAUUUCAGACGAUGACGCCCUGGAACAGGCCUGGCCUCCCAACCCCCGGAUCUGUGUGUGGAGAUGCUGGGCCGACCAGCAGGGCAGACUACACAAGGAGAUGGAACGAGGGAUCAGCGUCUUAGCUGUGCGCGCUCUACCAGACUGCGUUAUCGACGUGCCACGAUGGACAGCAGAGCGGAUCGACCUCCUCAAGUUUCUUCGCCAAGGUAUGAGAUAUCUGCACCACGAUCAAGUUCUAGAGAUCUCCGCCGAGGCCCUUUUCCGAGGAUUAAGGACUGCACUGAGACAACGCAAUGAAGACGCCACACUAGUCUUGCUGGAGCUGCACUACGCUACCAUGAGAGCUCAUCUAGCACCACCCCAGAUUCCGGAACGGGAACCGAUUUCAGAGGAACCGCGCUUUGACAACCUCGUCGGCCCUUUUGUGCAUCCUCUGCCGCAGGCUUUGAUUCUCGACGCUGUUCCAGCAGAGAAUAGCAGGCGCGAAUUUAACCCCAUGACCCUGCGACUGUUGUCGUACAUGCUCUGCGAGGGGGUCGACUCGCUAGAGCCCAGGAAUCCUCGUCUGUCGCGUUGGGCCAUCAAUGCCAGCAGCAGACUUGACAAUCCAAACAAAGUCAAGAUGAUGGGCCUCUGGGUCAUGGGCCAGAUGUUCCGAACCGCUCGUUACAUGCUCAGGGACGGAGAACCGCUCUUCGUCAAUGGGAAGCCGACGUACGAUGAGGACCACGCCACGCCUUGGCCGUGGGAGGGUAUGACUUUUACCCAAAAACUCCGUUACGACACUGAUGGUGAAGUGCCCAUGUUGCCCACCGCUCCCGACGGUAGACCUUGUGGCGGUACCCGAGUUCCUCUGGAAUGGGAUCAUGACCCUAACGAGGACUUCAUACAAGACGAUUCCAAGGAUGAUGUGGACAUCUUUCCCAUUUCCCGUUAUCGCGCUUGCUGA